GCUCCGCAGGCGCAGACUGCAUGUUUUAUACAAACCGCGAUUGGCGUUCAAUAAAAAGAUCGUCUUUUUGUGUUUUACAAAAUUUUAAUCAUUAUGUGAACGAAUUACAUUCUAUUCGAAAUACUAUUAAUAAAAAAGUGGUCGUUUAUCUACUCAAAGCUAUUAUCUACAAGUUUUGUGUCAUUGCAUGUAAAGUGAAUGAACGGACAAAAUGAACAUGGAAGUAAAUUACAAGCUUCUGCCCAUAAAAGGGCACUUCUUCUUCUUCAAUGCAGGCACGGCACCUCUGGUCCCAUACUUGUCUACACUCGCUAGGCAGUUGGGAUUCUCUUCGGGAACUGUCGGCUUAAUUUACACGGUGUUGCCGAUUUUUGGACUAAUUGCGAAACCUUUGUUCGGCAUUGUGGCGGACAGGUUCAAACAGCAAAAAUUGAUUCUGAUACUCGCACAAAUUGUGACUAUAGUUAGUUUCUUCUCGAUAUAUUUCCUGCCGCAAAAUCUGCAGGAAAUAUCCGUCGAACUAGACUGCAACGGUGUUACUGUACUAAAAAGUUGCUACCAACACGCUAACAGUAUUGACACGUGCAGAGUUAACUCGCUGGGGGACAUGAAGGAGCAUGCUUCUUGCAGGAUGAAUUGCGAUAUGUCGUCGCCUAAGAUGUGGCAGACCGUUUGCGAACAUUGGCAUAUUCCUGAAUAUUGUUAUUCCACUACCGACAGAAUUCAAUAUCUGACACACGUUACUCAUGUCUCACUGGAAGCGGACAAAUGCGCGUACAUCAAAGCAGACAAUGUCACACUGGACGGGUACGACUACAAGCCGCAAUGCCGCAUUGGCGGUGAAUAUGUGGAUAUCAAUGAACCGUGCACGCUGAACUGUACCAACCCGAGGCUUUACGACGCCAUUGGGGACUACAAACCGAACAUGACUUGCCUCAACAGAAAUCUUAAUUACCGUCUUUGCACAAAUAAUACGGAUGAGUUGAAGGAACUGGCAAGUGCACAGCAAGACAGCGAGUGUCGGGUAUCGUGCGAACUAGACAAGAAGUCGCCGUGGCGUCUGAUGGAGAUAUGUGAAGGCUGGCAUGCAGAUGCGGCCAACACUUGCUAUCCGAGGACCAAUGAGGGCGAGUCUUUCCCAAGCAACUUAUCCUUCGUUAGCAUCAUCGAUCUGUCCACGACCAUCUCUGAGCACGAGUGUGUUUAUAUACAACUUAAGAAUAUAGAAAUGCCUGACGGUUCCAUCCACCAUCCUUACUGCGAAUCGAAAGCACAGCAUGAAGUCCAAGCAAAAUUGUUCUAUACUUCGUGUUCUGUCAACUGUAAUAAUACAAUGGUUAACGAGAUGUUCCAAGCGGCGAUGGACAGCAAAACCGAAAACGAGUCACAAUUCUCACAGCUUUUCUGGUUAUUUUUCCUGUUGAUGAUCAUAAGCUGGGUCGGUCAAGCAAUUAUAGUCACAUUUGCUGAUGCUAUAUGCUUCAAUUUGCUUGGUGUGGAGGUGUCACUAUACGGUAAACAAAGACUGUGGGGUUCUGUGGGUUGGGGUAUAUUCUCUUUGCUGACUGGCAUACUUAUUGACGUGAUGAGCGACGGAGCAUACAAAAACUACUUUAUUGCCUUCAUAUUUAUGCUCAUUUUCCUUUCCUGUGAUGUACUGGUAUCCUGCUUUUUGAAUGUGAAAUCAACAAAAGUGUCCAUGAACAUCUUAGCAGAUGUUGGUACGCUGGUGUCGUCUUUACCAACAUUUGUGUUCAUGCUGUGGACAAUAUCUGUAGGCUUGUGCACCGGCCUGCAGUGGCAAUUCCUGUUCUGGCUCUUGGAGGAUGUAUCGGCUUCAAACUGCACCGGCUCUGAAUACAUCAAAACAUUGCAGGGUCUUGUUAGUGCUAUCCAGACUUUCUUUGGCGAAAUACCUUUUCUCUUUGUCUCAGGAUACAUACUAAAGAAAAUCGGGCACACUCACAUGAUGAAUAUAGUUUUGUUCACGUUCGGCGUACGAUUCUUGCUGUACUCUUGCCUGACAAACCCCUGGUGGGUGCUGCCUAUUGAGAUGUUACAAGGAGUCACGUUUGGCAUGUUCUACCCGACGAUGACGUCAUACGCAAGUAUCGUGUCGCCACCCGGAACUGAAACGACGGUACAGGGUGUUGUCGGUGCUGUGUUCGAAGGCGUGGGCACUUCGCUUGGCAGUCUGAUCGGUGGCAGACUGUACCAGGCGUACGGCGGAUGGAUAACGUUCCGCGCAUUCGGCUUCGGCGCCCUGAUCUGCUGCGCCAUGCAUAUCCUCGCCGGAUACGUGUUUAAAGUGAAACUCGACCAAGAUGGCGUAUCAGAAGGGUAUACAUCAGUCAUCAGAUAUGAACAACCGAACGAUAUGGUGUAUAUGUUAGAAGAUAUGGGCGACAGCAGGUCGUGAUGUAUAAAGAUGUCGGUAUCUAUAUAAUUAAAAAGGUUGUAAUUUUAAGAAUUAAUGUAUGAAUUAACAUUUUUAUAAGUACUUACAUUUUCUAAGUUAGGACAAGUGAUAUAUUAAUUAGGGUGCACUGAGAUGCUUUUUUUAUGAAAUAUAGGUACUUAUAUAUUUUAUUUUAAGUUAUAAUCAAUUGUGUGUUUAGAGCACGUAAUAUGUUCUAUGAACAGUUUACUAUUAUACAUUAUGAUGUUAUCUACGUUUUUACUAGGAAAUUUAUGUUAUAUUUGUGGUCUUUUUAGCAGGAUAAUAUAGCUUUUAUAGUACAAUUGACAUAGGAUAAAAUAUAUGCUAUUAGAGCAUGAAUAUUUGGUUAGAUUUUAGGACUGGUCUUGCUUGUGAUAAAAAUUGGACCAAUUGUUAUUUUACUAUGGUGAUCAGGUACUUAAAGCGCUUGACUCACAUUAAUGAAAUUGUAAAGUAUUUUAAUGAAACAUUCAUAUAUUUCUUUUGGCAUAAAAUAACUUCAACACACCAGAGAAGGUUUCCUCUCAACAUGCAGCCAUACGCACAUAAUUUUGUAUAUUUUUUGCAAGUCAAUGGCACAUACGUCGGAACAUAAAUAUAUAUCAUGAUUAAUUGAAUACUUUUUUAAAAUUAGCUAUAUAAUAUUAUACAUUUUGAUGUUAAUGUUUUUAAUACCUACAUAAUUUAUGUAACUAAACAUGUAUGUAAGCGCUAAGAUCAUUUUUGAGAUGUCAAGCAAAUUUUAUUUUUAAAUUGUUAUUUAACGGUUAUUUAUGUGCGAUGCUUAUGACAAUAUGGUGUAAAUUUAUUUAUAUUAUUUCUGCUUUGUUAGUUCAAAAGCAGAUAAAUGACAAGAAAAUUAAGUGCUCAAUACAUGCCAAAUUCUACUUAGAUGUAUUUAAAAUUAUAUGAAUGAGCCUCUGGACUU